AUGUCGGAUCACGUCAGCCUUCCCCAUGUCCCCUUCGCCGCCGGGCCUCUCACUGUAGGUCUCCUUCUCAACUCCACCAUCCUCUUCGGAAACAUCGCCCUCAGCCUCGUCGGUCCAGCGCCUAUCGUCUUGGCUGUUGUCAUCUCCACGAUCGUCCACUUCCUAGCGGCAUACCUCACCUACUCGCCACUGAUUCGCAACCUCUCCCUCAACGCCGGUCUGGCAACGUUCACGCUCAUCCCCCACUCCGUGAUCUUCUGUGUCCCGGUCAUGCAAAGGCUCCUGCAGCUCAACCGUGAACCCACUUUCUCCGAAGCCGAGGAGAAGGAGGCGGAGGCGUGCCUGCGGAUGUGGGCAAGGCGGCACAGGUGGCGGUCCAUCGAGUACGUGAUCGGCUGGACAGCGGGAAUGGCGGCGGUACUGGCGCUGGUGGAGAGGUGGUAG